AAAAAACUUUACGUUUUGUUUAUAAUCGUUCUGACUUCUCAAAUAUUUCAUUCCUCUGUAAACUAAAAUAUUUUAGUUUUUAAACAAAAUGAAAAACAAAAAAGCCUUAGGGCUUCUUAUUUUAGGAGGAACAAUUCGAUAUAUCUUAAUGACAUCGAAAUAUUCCUCAUCCAUCAGUGGACGUGUUGAAAUAUCCACACCUCUAAACUCUUACAAACGAGUUCAAGAAGGUGUUUAUCUGUACAAAAACCAAAUAGAUCCAUACCAAGGUGAUAUGGUGCACGAAACGCCACUUGUACUUCUUAGCCUUGCAUGGGCUUCAUCCACAAUCCCGCUUUUAGUUCCUUGGAUUUAUAUAAUGAUUGAUUUAGCGGCAGCUUUUAUUCUAUACAAAAUGAGUACCGAAUUCAUAAAUCAAAUGUUCGCAAAACAAAGUAGAGAAAAAGGACAAUAUGCAGAUGAAACUGAUGAAUUGCAUCUCAAACUUCAAGACACAAUAGACAUUCCGAAAUUCGUUUUUAUUGCAUAUUUAAUGAAUCCGCUUACGAUUCUUAAUUGCGUUGGACUGUCUUCCACUGUUUUCAGUAACUUUUUCUUAGCGUUGUGCUUCUUUUUUAUGGCAAAGCACAAGUUGUGGCCUUGUCUUGCAAUUUUGGCUCUAGAAACAAUGAGAAACCUUUACCCCGUUGUUUUUAUCGCACCAAUUAUGCUUGUAUUUGGCAAAAGUUGCACAAAAGAAUAUGUUAAAGUUGCCGCUAGGUUUCUUUUCUUAUGUUUCGGCUUCUGUUAUAUUAGCUAUGCAAUUAUGGGAUCAUGGACAUUCCUUAAUGGAACAUUAGGAUUUGUCUUUUUCUGCCGUGAACUUCAGCCAAAUAUCGGUUUAUUUUGGUACUUUUUUAUGGAAAUGUUUGAUCAUUUCCGCACAUUGUUCCUGAUAACUUUUCAAAUAAAUGCGACUAUUUUAUAUUUGAUUCCAUUAACAUUUAAGCUGCACAAAGACCCCUUGAUGUUAACAACAAUUCUCAUUUCGUUAACUUCAAUAUUCAGGUCUUAUCCAUGUCUGGGAGAUAUUGCAUUCUAUUUAGCCUUUCUACCUCUAUGGCGUCGUUGUUGGAAGUUUAUGGCACAUAAUUUUGUUGUAUUUUGCUUCUUUUUGAUAACUUUGUUGAUUAUGCCAGCACUAUGGUAUUUAUGGAUGUAUGCUGGAUCUGCAAAUGCAAAUUUCUAUUUUGGAGCAACGUUAGCAUUUUCCACUGGACAGAUAUUUCUAGUCACAGACUUAUUGUUUGCUUAUGUCAAACGUGAGUUUUGCCUUAAAUACGGACAAAAAGUUUUCAUCGAUGGAAAAGAAGCUAAAAUUAUCCUUGAAUAAUUUAUGAAAAUCAUCAUAGUGAAAUGUAAACCAUUCAUUAAAUAUUGUAUUCAUUUGUUUUUUUUUUUUACCACGAUUUUUUUAUAUUAGU